AUGAUAUUGCAUCAUGGCACAUCAAAAGUUACAUCUAAUGAAUUAAAUUUACCUGAUUUAUCAUUAAAACGUACUUCAACUCGAUUAGCAACAACAUCAGACUUGAAUAUUACUAAACUAAUUGAUACACAACGUGAAAAACUUCAGAAGCAAUUUGGUUCUUCAGGAUUAGUUGUAUUAGAUUUAGUCAAAAAUGUUCCUGUUGGUUCUUCAAUAUUUAUAGAUAAUUAUUUUGCAUCAACUAAAUUAAUAAAAAAAUUAACUCAACUUGGUUAUAGAGUGACUUGUACAUUACGAUCAAAUCGAACAGAAAAAUGUCCAAUAUCAACAGAGAAAGACUUUGAACAAAAGAAGAGAGGCUAUUAUGAAUUUUUUACAUCUGAUGAUCAAACAUGUAUUGUGGUAGCCUGGAAAGACUCAAAAAGAGUAUUAUUAGGUUCUAACCACGUAGGUAUAGAACCAAAAACAACAUUAAAACGUUGGGAUAAAGAGAAAAAACUUAAAGUUGAUAUUGUAUCACUCAAAUUAUAA